AGAAACUCCCCAUAUCUCUCCCUACUCAUCGGAGGAAGAAAUCGAAAGACCAAACCGUAACCAACCCUCGGAUUCGAAUUCUUGGGUUUGAUAGUUUGUUCCAUCGGAUCUCUAAUGGCGGAAGUGAGGAGAGGAGAGUGGCCGCUGAGGAGAUGAGGUGCAAGCGCCAUCCCUACGAGAACGGCGUGGGCGUCUGUGCCCCCUGCCUCCGCGAGCGUCUCCUCGCCCUCCUCGCCGACCAGCCUGACGACCAGCGGGACCACCCCCGGAACCCGGAGCUCCCAUCCCCGCCGCCUCCCCUCCAAUGCCCCCGGUCCGUCUCCCCUUACAUCUCCCACCGCCGAUCCGCCGAUCCCGCUGCCCCUGCCCCUUGCCGCCUCUCUCGCCUCUUCUACAGCACUCCUCAGAUUGGCCCCGCGGCCGCCUGCAGCGGUGCGUGCCGUAAGAGGGGCUCCGGGAAGUCCUCUCUUCUAGCGUCCCUCUUUGGGCACUCCAGAUCCGAGAAAGCCGAUCAUGAUCAUGGGUUCUCGGAGGCGCCCUGGUCGAGUUCUUGGCUCUCGGUUCUCCUCCACGGCCACCGGAAGAAAAAGAACUCGAGGCUGUUCGCGGCGGAGGAGGAGGCCGCGAGGAGGUCGUGCCGGGGGAGGGACCGGGGACUCUCGCCGGAAACGGAUUGCUCCGCAUCGGGAGACGAGCGCGCCGUGGAGUCGCCGGGAUGGUGGUGGAGACCGACUCCUUCUCCGAUGCGGCGGCCGGCGGCGGCGGCGCACCACCACCACCACCGCGUGGGUGGGCUCGCGGGCUUCGCCAUCUGUCUCAGCCCGCUGGUGAGGGCUAGCCCCAGCCACCGUAGGAGCCAGACGGCGGCGGAGGUGGGGUUUUCCGACGAUCUCCGAAGCACGCCAAAUCGACGCCACCGUCGCCACGUGUCCGGCCUGGCCACCUCGCUCGGCCCGAACCAGUCGAGGAAGCUUGCGGACUUCGGUAGGUUCCGAUGACGCUUUUGCCCCGGCCUUUCCUCGCUUUUUACCACGUCUGCCCUUUUUAUUUUUGGGAAAAAGGCCAUAUUUUAUUUCUAUUGGAUUUGAAUUAAAUUGUCUCUGUAUAGAAAGAAAGUUAAUGGUGUACUAAAUGCAAUUUAUUAUAUUUUCA